UUUAUAUCUAUAUGCAUAGGAGUGUCCUCUGAGAAUCUAGUUCAAACUAUAGUUGCUGUCUUCGUCGUGAGGUCUAACCAGACGAAGAAGUCGAAAAAAUGGCGACUCGUCUGCUUAAAGUUAGUUCCGCGUUGCGAACUUAUACUAACAAAACCGGACUUGUAAAGACACAAAAGCGAUGGCGUUCUACGAAUCUUUCCUUGAACGAGAUGCUUAUCAAUCUACCUGCUACAAGAGUUACAACUUUGGAUUGUGGUAUGAGGGUUGCAAGUGAAGACAGUAAUGUGCCAACAGCCACAGUAGGGCUUUGGAUUGAUUCUGGUAGUCGUUUUGAGUCCGAUGAAAAUAAUGGUGUAGCACACUUUAUGGAACAUAUGGCUUUUAAGGGGACUACUAAACGCUCACAAACCGAUUUAGAAUUAGAAAUUGAAAACAUGGGUGCCCAUCUGAAUGCUUACACAAGUAGGGAGCAAACAGUAUUUUAUGCUAAGUGUUUGUCCCAAGAUGUACCAAAAAUUGUAGAAAUUUUAAGCGAUAUCACUCAAAAUCCAAAGCUUGGUGAAAGUGAAAUUGAAAGAGAACGUGGUGUCAUCUUACGAGAAAUGCAGGAAGUCGAAACAAAUCUUCAAGAAGUUGUCUUUGAUCACUUGCACAGUAGUGCUUACCAAGGGACUCCACUGGGUAGGACAAUUUUGGGUCCGACUAAAAAUAUUAAAAGUAUUACACGAAAAGAUCUUCAAGAUUAUAUAAAACAGUGUUAUGGUCCACCAAGAUUCGUUUUGGCAGGUGCUGGUGGUGUAAACCAUAAUACCUUAGUAGAAUUAGCUGAAAAACAUUUUGGUCAAAUGAAGGGACCAAUUUAUGAUGAAAUUCCACUUCUCGAUGUGCCAUGUCGUUACACAGGUUCUGAAGUCAGAGUUCGUGACGACACUAUUCCGCUCGCACAUAUAGCCGUUGCCGUUGAAGGCGCUGGAUGGGCGGAUGGAGAUAACAUUCCUCUUAUGGUUGCAAACACUUUAAUGGGAGCUUGGGAUCGCAGCCAAGGAGGUGGUGUAAACAAUGCGAAUCACUUGGCUCAAGCUGCUGCAUAUGAAGGAAUGUGUCACAGUUAUCAAAGCUUCAAUACUUGCUACAAAGACACUGGUCUUUGGGGUAUUUAUUUUGUAUGUGACCCCAUGAAAUGUGACGACUUUAUAUACAAUAUCCAGGUCGAAUGGAUGAGGUUGUGUACGUCAGUCACAGAGAGAGAGGUAGAACGUGCAAAAAAUAUUUUCAAAACAAAUAUACUUCUUCAAUUGGAUGGAACAACACCAAUUUGUGAAGAUAUUGGUCGACAGAUGCUGUGUUAUAACAGACGUAUACCUCUUCACGAAUUCGAGGCCAGAAUUGAUAGUGUAACAGCUAAGACUAUUCAUGACGUUGGUAUGAAAUACAUUUAUAAUCAGUGCCCAGUUGUCGCAGCUGUUGGACCAGUUGAAAAUCUGCCUGAUUAUAACUUAAUUAGAAGUGGCAUGUACAGACUACGACUUUAAACAAAUUUUUUUUUUAAAUGAACUUAGAACGAGUCACCCGAAACGUCACUUUUUAGUGAAAAAUUUAAUAUUAAGUUGAAACUACAACUAAUUAAACUGUUUUACAUAAGCAUUAACCGCUGUUACAAUUCAUCCGUAUUUAUUCCUCAAUUUAAAAUUUGUAAUGUAGAUUUUACUGUACGCCAGAAUACUAGUUGUAGUUUCACAUUAAUAUUUGUUCGACUAUUAGUCCUUUGUCGAACCAUACAUUGUAUUGCCAGGCUUAAAUAAAAUAAUUACUUCUAAAAAGUU